UGGAUGUUGUGUGAUAUGAGAGCCGUGCAGGUGGGUCAUUCUGUGCACGGUUGCACUUUUAUAGACUUGUGAGAUUCCUGAGGUUAAGAUUUAUUGCCCUGUUUUGUUCAUUCCUUUCUCGAUCUGGAGCACCUACCUUAUUAGCUUGUUGUGUGUGCUGUUGCCAUAUGAAGUUGCCCAACCCCACCUCCUCUACCCCAGCCAAGGGGGACUCACCUUUUAAAUAUCUUAUUUUUAAGCAUCCCUUAACACCUCAACGGGGACCUGGGACAAAACACUAACUCUGGGCGCUUACUUAACUAGCCAGUAGCUGUUCUUGGCGUUUUUGUUUUCUUUAUAUCAUUUUACAGCCAAGGAAAUGGAGAUCUAGAGUAUGAAAAGGUGAUGUUGAACCUUGUCCAAGGACACAUAGCUGGCAGGAGGUAGAGCUGGAAUUUGCUCCAGGGCUCUUGUGCCGUUUGUAAAUAUUUGUCCAGUGGGCUAGUGGCUCUCAUCCAGGGCUGGUUGUGUCCCCUGGGGGGGAGGGAACAUGUGGCAAUGUCUGGAGACAUUUUUGGUUGUCACAACUGGGGAAGUGCUUCUGGCAUCUAGUGGAAAGAGGCAGAGUAUUUCACGUUGCAGAGGAUGCCCGAUUCCUGUGACACAGGAAUUGUCACAGACGGCAAACAUGGUGCUGUCUGCUCAAAGGCCCCAUGGAGGUUGCUGCACUGCCUGUGAAGCAGGAGGCCCUGGCCGAGGGCUUGAUGCUGGACUCGCCGUGGCACCGCUUCCGCCACUUCCACCUGGGCGAUGCACCUGGGCCCCGUGAGGCACUGGGGCUGCUGCGUGCCCUAUGCCGGGACUGGCUGCGGCCUGAGGUGCACACUAAGGAGCAGAUGCUGGAGCUGCUGGUGCUGGAGCAGUUCCUGAGUGCACUACCUGCAGACACGCAGGCGUGGGUGUGCAGCCGGCAGCCGCAGAGCGGAGAAGAGGCAGUGGCCUUGUUGGAGGAGCUCUGGGGACCAGCGACUUCCCCAGAUCAGUCUUCAGCAAUGAGGCCACCUCGGGAUAUGGCAGAAGGCUCUGGGGUCAGCGUUGGAAAGGAAGAGAGUGAGAUGAUUCCCCUUGCAGGAAACACUGCCCCCGGGGCUGAGGUGCCAGCAUCGGCGACUGGGGACUCCCAGGCCACGCGCCCCUAUAAGCAGGAGCCUGGCAGUCCCCCGCUGCCCCCGCUGGCUCCUGGCCUGCCCAGCUUCCUGGCAGCCCCCAGCACGACCUCUUGCCCGGAGUGUGGGAAGACAUCCCUGAAGCCAGCCCACUUGCUGCGCCACCGGCAGAGCCAUUCUGGUGAGAAGCCGCAUGCCUGCCCCGAGUGCGGCAAGACCUUCCGGCGCAAGGAGCACCUGCGGCGCCACCGGGGCACGCACCCUGGCGGCUCUGGGCCGGCCCUGCGCCCGCUGCCGGCGCGUGAGAAGCCCCAUGCGUGCUGCGAGUGCGGCAAGACCUUCUACUGGCGCGAGCAUCUUGUGCGCCACCGCAAGACACACUCGGGUGCACGGCCCUUUGCCUGCUGGGAGUGUGGCAAGGGUUUUGGGCGCCGCGAGCACGUGCUGCGCCACCAGCGUAUCCACGGCCGGGCUGCAGCCAGCACGCAGGGGGCAGUGGCGCCAGGCCCCGAGGGUGGGGGCCCCUUCCCACCUUGGCCUUUGGGGUAGUCCUGGCCCUUGCUGUAGCCACACCAGGUCCACCCUUCCCUCAGCGUCUUCCCCCCUUACUGCUUGACUCCCACCCCUUUCCCCCUUAUCUGAGCUUUGCAGUGCUGGCUCCCAUCCUGCUCCUCUCCCGUCGCGGCCUCCCUGUUCUCCCUUCCUGGUUUCUUUUCUCUGUGCCCUAUGGAGGGUGCCUUGGCUAAACUAUCCUAUUCUCUUCCCUCCUCUCUCUAUCCCUCCCUUCCUUCCUCUGUCCUCACCCAAUCUCCUUCUCUCCUUGGUUCCCUCUCCCUGGAGAGCAGCAAUGAGGCCCUGGGCCCCAGACAUGAGGAGAUUGGCAAGGGCAGUGCUGGCCCCUUGAUGAAACAAGGAUGAUAGGAAAGGGGUCUGGUCCCUGGGAAUCAUCCCCUGGGGCAAGGUUCUGACACUGGACCCAGGUCUGGCUGUGGGCUCUCAGCUUCCCUGUCCUCUCUGAGACAGAGGUACGUGCUCUUGGGAAGCUCACUGGGGACAAUUCACCAGCAUCCAGAGUAAUAAAGUCACUGACCCAGUGUAUA